AUGGAGGAACUGAAAGUGAUGUGGAAUGGAGUUCAUUUGGUAUCAAGUCUUAGUGGAAUACCACUCAUAUUCAAAGCAGCCUUGUUGUACACCUCUUCAGAUAUACCUGCAUCACGAAAACUGUCUGGGUUUAAAGGCCACAGUUCAGGCGGUUUUUGUGAAAACAAGAUUACUUGGGGUUUGACGAAGAAAACUGGCCAAAAUGUAAGAGUGAAGACCACAGGCGUCAAGCAAACAAAAUGUCACAAUGCAAGACGAAGGAAGAUCUGGAGACGUCAAGAAAGUAUG